AUGAAACUCCUCUGCUGGAUGUUCCUCUCGAUGGCCCUGGUCAUCACCGAGGCUCACCUUUUGCCGAUCUGUCUGGGUGAAAGGUAUCGGUGUAAUGGAGUCUGCAUCCCGGAUGAUGAGCCCUGCGAUGAACUGGUCGAGGUGAAUGGACGUAUAGAAAUUCUCGGCCGCCACUGUUCGUACCCCCGUAUUCUGUGCCACGGGGAAUGCAGAUUCGAUUGCAGGCAGCCAAAA